CGCAGUGGGCAGGGCCGGCUAAGACGAGCCGGACCGGGCCAGACCGGGCCGUGCCGGGCAGCGCAGCCUCGGCCCCCCCGCAGUAGCUCAUGCGCAAUCGCCCGGGGUGGCGGCGCGGCGCGAGCAUGGCGCCGCGGGUGCUGCCGCUGCCCAGGCAGCAGUCCUUCUGCCCACCCACCGUCCCCAACCCCUUCGUCCAUCCGCGCCGCCUGAGCGCCGGGGACAAGCUUCGGACUGUCCUCCAGGGGAUUAUCUUACUACCCCUCCGUGCUAUAUGCAUUGCAAUCCUUUUACUGCUAGCAUGGCUGUUUGCAUCAAUCGCAACUUUCCGACACCCUGGAAAAAGAUCUGUGCCACUUAAAGGAUGGAGAAGGAGGAUGAUUCAGACCACCCUCUCAUGCCUAACUCAUACCUUGUUCUUCACAAUGGGUUUCCAAGUGAAAGUGAAAGGGAAAGUAGCAAGUCUGCUGGAAGCUCCAAUCUUUGUUGCAGCUCCUCAUUCAAGCUUUUUCGAUGCCAUUAUUUCUGCUCUAACUGGAAUGCCAUCAAUAGUGACUAGAGCAGAGAACCUGUCAGCUCCAGUACUUGGCACAAUUUUAAGUUCCCUUCAGCCUGUGGCAGUUUCUCGUCAAGACCCUGAUUCUCGCAAGAACACAGUCACUGAGAUAACUAAGCGGGCAUUAUCAAGAGGCCAGUGGCCACAGAUACUGAUUUUCCCAGAAGGCACCUGCACAAACCGGUCUUGCCUGAUCACCUUUAAACAAGGUGCAUUUGUUCCACGAGUCCCUGUACAGCCUGUGUUGCUCCGAUACCCCAACAAGCUGGAUACUGUGACCUGGACAUGGCAGGGCUACUCACUAAAAGAGUUGUGCAUAAUGACACUCUGUCAGCUCUUCACAAGAGUAGAAGUUGAGUUCCUUCCUGUACAUGUUCCUACUGAAGAAGAAAAGAAUGAUCCCAUUCUUUUUGCCAACAGAGUCCGUCAAACCAUGGCAACUGCUUUGAAUGUGCCAGUCACUGAUCACACUUUUGAAGACUGCAGACUGAUGAUUUCAGCAGGACAGCUGACUUUACCCAUGGAAGCUGGGCUCGUGGAGUUCACCAAAAUUAGCAAGAAGCUCAACCUGAAAUGGAACCAUGUCAGAGAGCAGCUGGAUACUUUUGCUGCUAUUGCAAGUGCUUCCAAAGGGGGAAGAAUUGGAAUUGAGGAGUUUGCAGAGUACUUGAAGCUGCCUAUUUCAGAUGUCCUUAAAGAGUUGUUUCUGCUCUUUGACAGGAAUGGAGAUGGCACCAUUGACUUCAGGGAAUAUGUCAUUGGUUUGUCUAUUCUUUGUAACCCAGCCAACACAGAAGAGACUAUUCAGAUGGCAUUUAAGCUCUUUGACAUGGAUGAGGAUGGCACUAUAACAGAAGAUGAGUUUGCUGCUAUCAUUCAGUCAGCUCUAGGGGUGCCUGAGCUUGAUGUUUCUGUGCUCUUUAAAGAAAUAGAUGCAGAUGAGACUGGGAAGCUGUCCUAUGAUGAGUUCAAGAACUUUGCACUCAAGCAUCCAGAAUAUGCCAAGUUAUUUACUACAUACUUAGAGCUACAAAGAUACCAGUCGGAUAUGUUGGAGGAGGAUGACACAGAGUCACCUGAAGUCAAACACAGUCCAGUUAGGAGUACAAUCCUGGUCUCAGAAACAACACCAAUCACAGGAAAUAAAGUCUGUCCUGAAGGUAGUGAAGAGGAUAACUCAAGUACCUCUGACAAAAAGGAUGACUGAGUUAAAGAAUUCAUCUAUUGAAUUCUGCCUAUUAAUAAGCACAAUUGAUAUAGAGGUGGAAGUUACAAUUGAAGGGAAAAAAAUGUUUUAUUUUACUUUUAUUUCAGGAGGAUUUAUUCCUGUUUGAGUGUAAGGGGAAAAACUGUAACUAUCGGGUGUCAGCAUCACAGUACUGGGAAUGUUGCUCACUAUCUUCCAACUUUGUGCUCCCACAAAACUAAUAGGUGUGCUAAGAGGGAUAGGAGGCUCCAGCACUGCAGUGACCUCUCAGGAUGAAGACUGAGGAGUCUGCAUGUGUAAAACCAAGUGGAGAUUUUGGUGCUGCUCAAUUCCUCUAUAUUCCCAAUGUGUCUUAAGGGAAGAGUGGUGCCAAAGUAUUUUUAUUUGCAGUAUCCCUUUCUCAAGUUUCUGAGACACAAAUGAGUUACAAAAAGCUAAAAGCUGAAGCUGGUGUUUGCAUUUAAUUGUCCUUAGAUUUCCCGUAACUACUUGUGCACUAUAAAGCCUAAGCUUCUAAACAAGAUGUGCUGAUUGACUGAUGUUAACAGCAGCAGCUUUAGGCUUAGAGGCUAGUUAGAGAUGGAAAUGGCUGCACUUCUAACAGCAAAAACCUAAUGAGAAGUUCAAGACAGCAGCUCAGAGUCUACAAGAAAACACAGACAAGACGACCCAGGAAUAAAUGCACUAUUUCAAAACAAGCAGAAUGCUGUUUACAGUAGCCACUGCAGGAGGAACAUUUCAAAAUUCAGCAUAUUUUUAUUCUAGUAACUAUCAACACAGGGACGUGACCUUACUCUGCAAAACUUAGCGAGGCAAAUAUGCUGUCCAGCCAUAGGUCUAGUAGUCAGUAUCUCUGUAAAGUUGUCUCCUAGAAGCUGUGUGUGCACUACUGUGCCAUUACUCAAUGUGUUCUUAGGGUAUGACUCAAAACCAAGCUCUUUCUAGUCAAUGAUUUGAGUAUGCUUUGCCUCAGUCCCCUCUAGUGCACUGGAAAUUGGGCUUUUACCUUUUUCUAUCCUUUAUCUGAAUGCACUUUAUACAGUAUUUAAAAUACAUAGAUAUUUAUGCAGAUACUUGGGGGGGGGGGGGGAUUUGGAAAGAGUGGAGGGAUAGAAUAUUUUCAAAUUAAAAAUGAGAUGAGCAAAGUCUAGAAUGUCUAAUACCAAAAAGAACCAAUUUGCAGCAGGUGUGAAAUGAUAACCUCUACCUCCAAGUUGCUGCUUGCACUGUCUGGCUGCAAGCUCAUUGCCACGUUUAACCUUUCUGUGUUUAUAAUUGUGCCUAUCUUGAUGUUUCAUGUGCUUAAAAUAAAUCUAUAUUUUUAAAAGA